AGUCAGGAUCACACAACGAUAAUGAAUGGAAAGGCAUCGUAGCCAAGAAAAUUCAGCUCAGCAACUAAAUAGCCUUGCUUUUGGUUGGAUUAUUAUUGAAAGAAGAAUUCACAGAAAGAAAUGGAAAUGGAUUGGCCGGAUAAAUCGGAGACCAUUCUUUGGAACAGAAAACCGUUCCGUUUAGAGUAAAUUACAUAUUAGUGUUCUUUACAAAUACAAAAGUAGCAGUUAUUUUUAAUGAGACAGAAUGAAACUGGUGUGGUGUAAACUUUUGAUUUAAACUGAAACGUUUGAAACAGAAGUGGUUGUGAUUUGGAAUAACGCAUUUUGGAGGAACAGGGGGAACUUCCCACUUUUGGAAAAACUCUGGAAUAACUUCGUAAGAAGGAACUUAAUUGAUUUGAUUUACUAAUUUAUUUUAACCAUGGGGAAUAUUGAGAGUGUGGAUGGACAGUCGGACAAUAUGAAGCAUCAUAUAAUGCCGUUGAAAGUGCCCGUUCCUGACCAGUCGGAGUUGGAGGAGAGAUUUGCUUUAGUUUUGAAUUCCAUGAACCUUCCUCCUGACAAAGCCAGACUCCUCAGACAGUAUGAUAAUGACAAGAAAUGGGACCUCAUCUGUGACCAGGAACGGUUUCAGGUGAAGAACCCUCCUCAUGCCUACAUCUCCAAGCUACGGGGCUACUUAGACCCAGGAGUCACACGCAAGAAGUUCCGAAGGCGGGUCCAGGAGUCCACUAAGGUUCUGAGGGAACUGGAGAUAUCACUGAGGACCAAUCACAUAGGGUGGGUCCGGGAGUUCCUCAACGAUGAGAACAGGGGUCUUGAUAUCCUGGUGGAGUACCUGUCCUUUGCUCAGUGUGCUGUCAUGUUGAAUUUUGAGGGUCUGGAGAUGGGGGAGGAGAUUUCCCUGGACAAGUCUAAGUCCUGGAGUAGGUCUAUAGAGGAUCUCCAUCAGGGCAGCACUCAGCCUUUCUGUAACACGCUGGUCCGCUCUGCGCGCCAGUCUGUUCUCCGCUAUGGCACAGCACCGAACAGCAAAACCAUCAAGAACUCACUACUCGUGAGCCAGAAGGACGACGUGCACGUUUGCAUCAUGUGCUUGCGAGCCAUAAUGAACUACCAGUAUGGCUUCAACCUGGUCAUGUCGCACGCACACGCAGUCAACGAAAUAGCCCUCAGUCUGAACAAUAGGAACUCGAGGACUAAAGCCCUGGUUCUGGAGCUGCUGGCUGCGGUGUGUCUGGUUAGAGGAGGCCAUGAGAUCAUACUCUCUGCCUUCGACAACUUCAAAGAGGUGUGCAAGGAGAAGCAUCGCUUUGAGAAGCUGAUGGACUAUUUCCGUGUGGAGGAUGGGAACAUCGACUUCAUGGUGGCCUGCAUGCAGUUCAUCAACAUCAUGGUUCACUCAGUAGAAGACAUGAACUUCAGGGUUCACCUGCAGUAUGAGUUCACCAAGCUGGGCCUUGACGACUACCUGGAGAAAUCCAAGUACACAGAGAGUGACAAGCUGUCAGUCCAGAUUCAGGCCUACCUGGACAAUGUGUUUGAUGUGGGCGGGCUGCUGGAGGACGCGGAGACCAAGAAUGUGGCUCUGGAGAAGGUGGAGGAACUGGAGGAACACCUGUCCCACGUGACAGAGAAGCUUCUGGAUGUGGAGAAUGAGACCAUUAUGAAAGUGGCUGACCUGGAGAAGCAGCUCCUGCAGAAGGACAAGGAUCUCCACGUCAUACGGGAGACGUACGAGUCGACCAACACCCAGGUCCACACCCUGAGGAGGAUGAUCAAGGAGAAGGACGCUGCCUUCCAGAGGAGCUUCAACAUCGAGAAGCGCCUGCUGGAGAUGGAACAGCAGGGGACCAUCCGCCUCCGCAAGCAGCCGGACGGGGACAUCGCCAUCGAGCCCCUGGGAGGGGGCGGUGGUGGUGGUGGUGGAGGAGGACGGGGUGGAGGUCCGGGGGUGCCUCUCGGUGACUUUGGGCAGAACGGAGGGUUCUCAGUGGGGCCUGGAGGAGUAACAGGGCCAGGAGGACCAGGAGGACCAGGGACUAGUCUACCAAGGGCUAGUGAAGCACCACCUCCUCCUCCCCCCCCUCCACUUCCCUCUGCUCUAGGAGAGAAUGCUCCAUGCCCACCCCCACCCCCUCCUAUGGCCCCGCCUCUACCAGGAACUGCUCCCAAUUUCAUCCUCAAUAUGGGCCUAUCAGCUAUCAGGAUCAAGAAGCCCAUCAAGACCAAGUUCCGUCUGCCUAUAUUCAACUGGACCGCUCUGAAACCCAACCAGAUCAACGGUACGGUCUUCAGUGAGAUAGAUGAUGAAAGAGUACUAGAGGACCUGGAUGUGGAGAAGUUUGAGGAACUGUUUAAGACCAAGGCCCAGGGUCCAGUGGUGGACCUGAGUGGCCCCAAGACCAAGGUAUCUCAGAAGGCUAUCAACAAGAUCUCCCUGCUGGAUGCAAACCGCUCCAAGAACCUGGCUAUCACCCUGAGGAAGGCCAACAAGAGCACUGAAGAGAUCUGCAAAGCCAUACAGACCUUCGACCUGAAGGCCCUGCCGGUGGACUUCGUGGAGUGUCUGAUGCGUUUCCUUCCAACGGAGGCGGAGGGGAAGAUGAUGCGUCAGUACGAGCGGGAGCGGCGACCGCUGGACGCGCUGACGGACGAGGACCGAUUCAUGCUCUUCUUCUCCAAGAUCGAACGGCUCACCCAGAGGAUGAAUAUCAUUACGUUCGUAGGGAACUUCUCAGACAACGUCAACAUGCUAACCCCGCAGCUCAACGCCAUCAUCGCAGCGUCCGCAUCCGUCAAGUCUUCACCCAAGUUAAAACGAAUGCUAGAGAUCAUCUUAGCCCUGGGAAACUACAUGAACAGCAGCAAGAGAGGAUCUGUGUAUGGCUUCAAACUACAAAGUCUUGAUCUGCUACUGGACACUAAGUCUACAGACAGGAAGAUGACUCUGCUCCACUACAUAGCUGUGGUUGUCAAGGAGAAGUAUCCUGAGCUGGCUAACUUCUUCAACGAACUGCACUUUGUGGACAAAGCUGCUGCAGUGUCUCUGGAGAAUGUGCUGCUGGACGUGCGGGAGCUGGGUAAAGGGAUGGAUCUGAUCAGGAAAGAGUCUAGUCUCCAUGACCACUCUGUUCUCAAGGGCUUCCUCCAGACCAGCGACACUCAGCUGGACAAACUGCAGAAGGAUGCCAAGACCGCUGAGGAAGCCUUCAACAAUGUGGUGAACUACUUUGGGGAGAGUUCCAAGACGACUCCUCCCUCCGUGUUCUUCCCUGUGUUUGUGCGAUUCAUCAGAGCUUACAAGGAUGCAGUGGAGGACAAUGAGCAGAGGAAGAAGCAGGAGAAAGCCAUGAGAGAGAAGUUACUGGCCCAGGAGGCCAAGCAACAUGACCCCAAGGUCCAGGUAGUGAAAAAGAGGCAGCAGCAACAGGAGCUGAUCUCUGAGCUGCGUAAACGCCAGGCCAAGGACCACCGACCCGUAUACGAGGGGAAGGACGGCACCAUUGAGGAUAUCAUCACAGUGUUGAAGAGCAUCCCCUUCACAGCCCGUACUGCUAAACGAGGCUCACGGUUCUUCUGUGAUGCACAGCUGUGUGACGACUCCAACUGCUAGUCCCUACAGUUCCUCCCCCCCUAAUGCCAAGAUCUCCGCAGCCAGCCUUUUCUGCGGCACGACACGCUGAUCCGGAGCGGCUGGAAGAGACCCUAAACAAACCACUCGUUCUUCCUCCCUUAUCAUCCCUUCCUUUUAUAACCCCCCCCCCCCCCCCCCCCCGUGUCUCGGUGGUCUCACCCACCCGAGGCUGCACAGAGACUAAAAGGUGGACAGGACCGAACCAAUGGCCCUUGUUUUACAGGGGUAUUUAUUUAUUUAUGGAGAUCCUUUAUGGACACUGUCUCUCAACAAGCAGGUAUAACUGUAGUAUCACCGACAUAGCCUACCCUCCUACCCACUGCAAACACACACCGCACACCGCACACACACAGAUAAUAUUAAGAACAGGACUGGGCAGAAAGAGUCCAAAGAAGAAGAGUAUAGUGGUGAGUUGAGCCCUUAAAGGGGCGGCUCACCUCACACAAGCAGGAAGGAAGGACACUUCAGCUGCAUAAGGUGGACAUGGAACCACAAGUGCCUGCUAAUGUGGAUCUUAUUUCCAUGAACCUCGAUUUCCUCAGAUUGUCCAAUCCAAGCAAGAUUGAGACUGGGAGACAGUCAGUCAAGUCACUUGGAUAAAUGACAGCAUAUGUUGACUCUACUGCUGGGAUUUCCACUUCAAAGAGAACUGGGUUGUGUUCAUAAGGCACCAAACGGAAGAAAACAGAAUGAAACAGGGAGGGACUACCUGGACCAAUAAGAAUCGUCAUUUUGGUUUCCGUUGCAAAACGUUUUAGAUUGUGUGCCCUACCUAAUGAAUAGGACCCAGGGUUUUGCCUUCACAUGAUGUCUCUGUCCACCGAUUUCAAAAAGGACUGAAGAUUAUUGUUAUAUCAGUGUCUUUUCUGGACAAGCUAGCCAAACCAAACUUCCUCUACUCUUGUGUCUUAUUUCUUAUUGUGCUAAAAAAAAAGUGCCUUUUUGACAGUAUUAUUUUUAUGUGACUCAGCCAUAAUGUGUAUCUUUAAAUACUUUUUUUGUUAGAUUGUAUUUUGUAUUGCCUUUGUAUGAUAACAUUUAAAUACUGUAAAAAAAAAAUCUGAAUCUCAGCUUUAAUCACUAACAUAUCUAAAGGUUGCUUCUCAGUGCUAUAAUAUAAAUGAGCGUAGGCCAAAUGUCUUCCGAAACGUUAAGAGUGGGUUAAAACAUUCAAUGUUUUUGCUGUCUAUUACUUCUUCAUCUUUAUCACCUACUACAGUACAAUUACCACUUCAGUCGUACCAUUUCAUUGCGACUUAAUUACCACUUCAGUCGUACCAUUUCAUUACGACUUAAUUACCACUUCAGUCUUACCAUUUCAUUACGACUUAAUUACCACUUCAGUCGUACCAUUUCAUUACGACUUAAUUACCACUUCAGUCUUACCAUUUCAUUACGACUUAAUUACCACUUCAGUCGUACCAUUUCAUUACGACUUAAUUACCACUUCAGUUUAAACUGAAUUAUUUCAAACCACUGACUAAGAACCAUAAGGAACAUGACCUUGCUCAGAAGUUGAAAGCAACAGUAAAGUUGGUCUGAAUGUUAUGUAACUGACAAGACUUUCUUGCUUAGCAAGUGAUGAACGUAUGAUGAUGUGUCUAAAAUGACUGUUCAGCUUACUUGCAUUUGUUGGUGGGUAAAGAAUCCAUUCCUAUGAGUCUAACCAUGUUCUCAAUGCUUGUUCUCUUUGCUUACAGUUUUAGAACCGCAAUGAUGACCAAUUUUGUUUUAGAACCGUAAUGAUGACCUUAAUAGCCAUCGAGUAAGCAGAAUGAUUGUGCACGCUGAGACUAUCUGUGUUUCAAUAUGGCUUUUCCUCAAAAGGGACCGCCCAUAUUUACACUACUUACAUUACCUUGUUGUACGAGACACAAGUCUUAUAGCAGAUAUUUCUAUAUACAUGUACAAAUCAAUGAAUAGAAGAAGCCUUGUACUUUUGGGUCAGAAGGAUAAAAUGAAAUAGUGUCUGACAUUUGAUGUAUGUUAUCUUAAAUAUGACUGCACUUCCCCCUUAAUAAACAAAAUAAUAUUGUGA